AUGGCAAGCCAGUGUGGUGUAGUGUUAAAAGACGGGGACCAUGGAUUCAAUAAGAAUUUAUUCUGUGUCCCUAAACACUAUGAGGAUGAUCUAGAAAGGAUCGUCAUUCCUCAUGGGCUCAUUCUUGACAGGACAGAACGAUUGGCUAGAGACAUCAUGCAAGACAUGGGGGACCAUCAUAUUUUUGCCCUCUGUGUCCUCAAAGGAGGGUAUAAAUUCUUUGCCGACUUGAUGGAUCACAUAAAAGCACUAAACCGGAAUACCGAUCAAUCUGUCCCUAUCAGUGUGGAUUUUGUAAAAACAAAAGGCUACUGUAAUGAGACAUCAACUGGAACGGUCAGGAUUAUUGGAGAAGAGCUCUCUGCCUUUAAAGGAAAGAAUGUCUUAGUGGUAGAGGAUAUUAUUGAUACUGGCAAAACAAUACAAACACUGCUUUCCAAAAUAAAGGAGUAUGAGCCACAGAUGGUCAAAGUAGUAAGCCUGCUUGUAAAACGAACAAUCAGAAGUUCAGGAUAUAAACCUGACUAUACAGGGUUUGAAAUUCCAGACAAAUUUGUGGUUGGAUAUGCUCUCGACUAUAACGAGUACUUCAGGGACCUAAAUCAUAUCUGCAUUUUGAACGAGAAAGCCAAGGAAAAAUAUAAACUCUGA